AUGAUAAGGGCCUUCGUUCUCUGUGGACUUGCGCAGAACACCACCUCCUUUACACCAGCACCUCCUUCCGCCUUCGGACGAGGGAGUAGGCAGUAUAAAUUCACCCCGUUCGCGGUGCUGACGACCGCUGGACUAUGUCCUCGUCUGUAGGCGAAGGCGUCAUGACAUGCUGGUGACAGAAGCGACCGGCGGCACCGAUUGUUAGACGGACCACCGCCUCGCCACCCCGAAGAUUAGGCUCCGACUGCAACCUCGCACGAAAGUGAAAGAUAAUCAGCCAUCAGGUAAGUUAUAUACUGUUUUGUUAAAUCUGUUUGCGGGUCGCAUAAAUUUAAGGAAUCAGUUGGCCUGUCGCCUGGAAGGCGAGCAAUCUCCGGACGACGCCGCCAUUGUUGAGAUACAAUGCUGCUAUCAGCGGAAUGUCAUAAAAUAACCAGCUUGUACUUAAAUGGCUACCUACACCAUCAAAGUCAUUGUCGAUUCGACAAAAACAGUGAAAAAAUUCCGACUAAUUUACGCAGGGAAAUAGUCUGUACAAAGACAACAUAAACCGCGGAAUCGACGCAAACAAGACAGUCUGACUCAGGCAUCGUUUUUUGGUGUAGCAACGAGCGUGGGAUAUACAAGAAACCUGGGUGGGUAUCAAGGCCCAAAGAUACAAGUAUACGCGGACCACAAUUAAACGAAGAGUUUAUUCGCUUCCAUCUGGGAGGUUUACAACCUCCGCCAAAGGAACUGCUCCGCUGCUCAGUUCCAACGGAACAACAUUCCUCAUGGAGAAAUUGCGUAUCUGAAGCACGGAGUCAAGUACUUCAGAGGUAUACGUAACCGUUCAUACACGGUCUUCCACACCAUUUUUAAUGGGCUUCUCUAAAAUGGAAAUCAUUACAAACAUGGAACUUCCCUCCAAGUAUCAAUCAAGAACCGUGUAAAGGCAUUUCAACGGGAAAGCGCCGAGAUCCACAGCGUUACCGGUCGAACACUUCGAUUAUGACGGCCCCGACUGACGGAAAAAAUUACAUCUCUGUUUCCGGCAACAUGGCGGGGAGGCCAAUUUCCACGCACCUCAAGUAUUCGGCAACCAUCCAUCUCUACAAGCGAAAUGUGAUGCGACAACUCUGUGAUAAUCACUGAGGAAUCCCGCUACUCCGCGUUGUUGGGAAAAUCGUUGCUGCGCCCUAUCAGCCACAUACAUCGCAACUACCAGCAAUGUGGACACGUUCCCGAUAUUUACCCACUGCUAUCGCGCCUUCAUAUUACACAACGUCCCGGUUUUUUACCUGCGAGUCCAUCCCAUUGAGACCGGCGAACCAGUGACAGAUAUGUCGGCAUGCAUGUAUUGCAUAUGCUUCAACUACCCAGAGAGCCCACGGAUAGUCAGUCGCGAAUGAGCCUACCCCGUCGAAUGCGCCUUUAUAUAAACCUCCGUCAAGAUGCCCCAAGCCCAACUACAUCACCACACCUCUCCAUAACAGUCCCACAGCGCACCUGUUUUAAGUCAACUAUCUCGGACACGAAAUAGACACCUCUCACAUAUGUGGGUAGCGUGCUUUUGGCUCCUCCACCAUGUGCUCCCUGCGACACUCCCACACAUGUGGAAUCCGAGUAUCCCGCCCCCUUAUAUGAAAUCCUGGUCAGGUCGUCUGUGGCAUGCGCGGGCGGGCUAUUAAGCUAUCGGCCAUUUGCGUCAAAUCAGCGCCAGGUGAAAGAAGUAGCAGUUUCAACGGCGGAGUUAAUAAUAGAUUACCGAGCCUCGAUACACAAAACAUUGCACGAGUAGAUUCCAUCCCGGGGCCUAUUUAAAACUCUUAUCGGGAGUGAUAUUUGACCAAUACACUGCCCAUUAUAUGCAGAUUUAUCACAUGUACAGUCCCAAUGUUUGACGCCAGGACACACUCCAUCCCUAUGUAAGUGCGAGGACCAAAAUGGCAAGUCACGAAUUACCGUGUAAUCAGUUUUAAAGGCAUUUUGGCGAAAAAUGCGGUUGCAAUUAAAAUGCUUGCCUUCAUGCUUUCCUAGGAAAACGAAAACUUUCACUAUCAAUUAAAAAAGAUUUGCCGAAGACAAAUUACACCUGAGCAAGCUACUAGUUACGUUGAAAUUUCUGACCUGGAACCCUGAUAAUGGUGAUUUAUGAAAACGAAAUAUGGCAAACCGUAAUUUAAAACAGCAUAAGCUUCUUCACUUGAACUUUUACAAAGGUUUCAUUGUGGAAAUCUGAUCCUUCCAAGCUAAUCAAACUUUUAGAGUGUUAUCGAAAGUCUGCACGUCGCCCGAACUAUCCGCUGGUAUUGACAUUAGACAAUAACUCAUGUUAGAGCAACUGCUUCUUUUGGUUUCUUUAAAUAACUCGUGGAACUUAUUUCAAAAUAAUUUUAAACCAGAAAAAUGACCAAGCAUCCUUUCAGGGCUGCAUUUCUUGCGAUUAACUGUGACAAACCUCUGUUGUAGUCGCGAUAACAGACUUCACCCUAACUGACCUUGGUUUGGCUAACAUUUCCUGUCCCUUGAUUGCCCACGCCGAGGUGUUAGUCCCGCCUGGUAAGACCUUUUCACCAAUGGACAUUAUAAGCUUAGUUGACUGGCCGCAGACGAGCAUGACUAAUGUGCACUCACACGACUCACAUCGCGAUUAACGACAAUAACGGCUGGCUACUUUCGUGAGGGACGAAUACAUUCCUUGGCUUCAGGCAGUUUGCGCAUUCGUGAUCAGAGUAAACACUGCUCUGUUAAUUUCGUAUUAGUGACUUUUUGAUUGGGAUAAUCAUUCGAUUCACAAGUGUUAUCUCUCUGUAAAUUGGAGGAAAAUUAUGUUUGACUUAGUUAUUCCAAGUCAUCCUCGCUAUUCCCACACGCACGCUCUCCGUAGGACCCACAUAAUGAAUCAGCAUUCAUGUGUUUUGGAAAUGUAUUUGAAAACUGGAAAUUUUUGAGCAAUCCUUAGGGAUUGUUGAAAAAAACUAACCUCCUACUUACUAUAAUGCCUUUACAGAGCUUGGCUAACAAGACGUAAGUAUGCCUUGUAAAUAUGUUGCCUUACCUCAGCUCGUGCACUACUCAUUGGAACGGUUACGCUACAUCUUCUUCGACAUUUAAGACCUUAAUAAAUCUCAGCGCCAAGCAAGGAAAGUCUUAUACAUACUGUGACAUCCAUGUACUGUAAUAUGCCUUUAAAAACCAAAUUUUCCUAUUUUAUUCACCGAUUUACAAAGGUCGACCUUACUGGAGCAGGAGGAAAUUUAACACGCUCAAGAAUGCUGGUAUAAAAGUCUCUGAGCGCAACUACAAAUUGUGCCAUCACGGUUUUUGCAACCUUCAGUCGAAAGUAGGAGUUGGCCGAUAAUUUUUACUCCGGCUGACUAGCCGCUGAAACAGGUCACGUGACAGUGUAGUUAAUGCCUCCACAAGUUUAUUCCCUAGGAACCACUCGGCUCGCACCGCCAAUCAACUCAUCACAUAGAUGCUUGGGGAUGCAGACUAGAUCCUGCAGCUAAAUUCAGUAAGAACUGCGAAUGCACCAGUUCACUUUAUCAAUAAGCAAAAUGACGAAUGUAUCCUUCGAAUUUGAGGAUAGCGGCAUCUAAGGAAUUUUAUUGAUGUAUGUGUUUCUCGGUUGUUUAUCAUUCAGCCUCUUUUGUUUACGUUUACUUCGAGGGCACGUAAUUUUCUUCGACCUGCCUGCACUUGUCGUUAUGUCGACCUUAUGGUUUCUUCGUGUCUUUUUCCUACUGUUUAAGAUGCUUCGCCACCGACGUUAUUGCAGUUGCAAAUUUUCCUGAUACGAUUCUGUAAACACAUCGUUACUUUGUGUUGUGACUCGUGGAAGUAAUUUUCUGGGACUUUUAGGCAACUGAAUAAGAAAUUAUGUCUUCGAGCGCAUACUAUACAAUGUUAACGGAGGACCGUCACCAGGUUCGGAGUCCGAGAUAAUAUUCCGCAGUGUGAAUGUUUUCUGCUAGCUUCGUUUUGCGAAAAAAAUCAUGUUUUGAUUGAAGCUGCCAUGUCGAUUAAAGUUGCAUUGAACUAUAUGGCUAUUAAACACCCUACAUGCUGAUUGUUUUAUUUCACACGUAAUUCGCCGCGCGCGCCUCACAGUUUUUUCCGAAGCGUGGUUGGGUAAGGUCUUUGCCUUCUUCGUGAUUUGUCUGCUUAGUCUCGCGCACCAUGAAGAUUAUUAAGACCACAGAAUCCGUCAAAGUUCCUAAGGGGGUCAAAGUUACGGUUCGUUCCCGUGUUGUCACUGUAAAGGGCAAACGAGGGACUCUCCGCAAGGAUUUCAAACACCUGGCCCUAGACAUCAAGGCGGGUACCCGCGCUGUGCAUGUCACCAAAUAUUUUGGAAUACGUAAGGAGCUCGCAGCCGUUCGGACCGUGUGCACACACAUCGAAAACAUGAUUAAAGGUGUCCAGUACGGUUAUCGAUACAAGCUGAACUCCCUACAUGCUCACUUCCCCAUCAAUAUCAUCAUCGGCGCCGACGGAUCUAGGGUUUCUAUUAAGAAUUUCCUUGGUGAGAAGACAACCCGUGAGAUUAAGAUGUUCCCUGGCAUCAAGGCUAUCAGUGGCGGCACUCAGGACACUCUCCAAAUCGAGGGAAACGACGUGGAGUUAGUAUCCAAGGCCGGUAGGUGAUUCUUCACUCAUCUAUUUUCACUUCAGCCGCACUUAUCCAACAGUCCUGCCAAGCUCGCCACAAGGAUAUCCGGAAGUUCUUGGACGGUGUUUAUGUAUCUCACAAGGGCACUAUCGAGGAAAUGGCAUAA